ACAACAUCAAGCAGCAAGGACAGGGGAGGUCCCUCGGAACCCGGCCCAGCGGCUGGAGAGAGAUUUGGGGCCUUCCCUCCGCCCCCUCCCUGGGGGAGGGGCCAGGUCUCAUCCACCACCUGGACUGGAGCUGUCAGAGGCCAGGCCAGAGGACAGCAGACCCGGGAGUGUGAGGCUGGGAGUGGCCCCAGCAGAUUCUGUGAGGCCGGUGGCACAGGAAAGGAACGAAGCCAGGAGCGCCUCAAAGUCCAGCGGAGUGGUGAGCGACUCUAACAGAGGAGCGCGGUGCUGGCAGCGAUGGGGCCUGGAACUUCAGGAAGUGGGGUCAGGACAGUGACAGCUCCACGCUCAGCGCUGGGCUCCGGAGUCAGCCUGCAUGCCUAUGACAUAGGGGUCCUGGUCGUCUACUUUGUCUUUGUCAUUGGCGUGGGGAUCUGGUCGUCCAUUCGCGCAAGCCGAGGGACCAUCGGCGGCUAUUUCCUGGCGGGGAGGUCCAUGACCUGGUGGCCAAUUGGAGCCUCUCUGAUGUCCAGCAAUGUGGGCAGUGGCUUGUUCAUCGGCCUGGCUGGGACAGGAGCUGCCGGAGGCCUUGCUGUUGGGGGCUUCGAAUGGAAUGCAACCUGGCUCCUUCUGGCCCUGGGCUGGAUCUUUGUCCCCGUGUACAUUGCUGCUGGUGUGGUCACAAUGCCACAGUACCUGAAGAAGCGAUUCGGGGGCCAGAGGAUCCAGGUGUACAUGUCUGUCCUGUCUCUCAUCCUCUACAUCUUCACCAAGAUUUCAACUGACAUCUUCUCUGGAGCCCUGUUCAUCCAGAUAGCCUUGGGCUGGAACCUAUACCUCUCCACAGUGAUGCUUCUGGUGGUGACAGCUGUCUACACCAUUGCAGGGGGUCUCACGGCCGUGAUCUACACAGAUGCUCUGCAGACGGUGAUCAUGGUGGGGGGCGCCCUGGUCCUCAUGUUUCUAGGCUUUCAAGAGGUGGGCUGGUACCCAGGCCUGGAGCAACGGUACAGACAGGCCAUCCCUAAUGCCACAGUCCCCAAUACCACCUGCCAUCUCCCCCGAUCUGAUGCCUUCCACAUGCUCCGGGACCCUGUGAACGGGGACAUUCCUUGGCCAGGCCUCAUUUUUGGGCUCACGGUGCUGGCCACCUGGUGCUGGUGCACGGACCAGGUCAUUGUGCAGAGGUCUCUGUCUGCCAAGAAUCUGUCCCACGCUAAGGGAGGCUCGGUGCUGGGGGGCUACCUGAAGAUCCUGCCCAUGUUCUUCAUCGUCAUGCCUGGCAUGAUCAGCCGGGCCCUGUACCCAGAUGAGGUGGGCUGUGUAGACCCUGACGUCUGCCAAAGCAUCUGCGGGGCCCGCGUGGGGUGUUCCAACAUCGCCUACCCCAAGCUGGUCGUAGCCCUCAUGCCUGUUGGUCUGCGGGGUCUGAUGAUCGCCGUGAUCCUGGCCGCCCUCAUGAGCUCACUCACCUCCAUCUUCAACAGCAGCAGCACCUUGUUUGCCAUCGACGUGUGGCAGCGCUUCCGGAAGAAGGCCACAGAGCAGGAGCUGAUGGUGGUGGGCAGACUGUUUGUGGUGUUCCUGGUUGUCAUCAGCAUCCUCUGGAUCCCCAUCAUCCAAAGCUCCAACAGCGGGCAGCUCUUCGACUACAUCCAGUCUGUCACCAGCUACCUGGCCCCGCCUAUCACUGCCCUCUUCCUGCUGGCCAUCUUCUGCAAGAGGGUCACAGAGCCUGGAGCCUUCUGGGGCCUCAUGUUUGGCCUGGCAGUGGGGCUUCUGCGCAUGAUCCUGGAGUUCUCAUACCCAGCCCCAGCCUGCGGGGAGGUGGACCGGAGGCCGGCCGUGCUGAAGGACUUUCACUACCUCUACUUUGCACUCCUGCUCUGUGGGCUCACUGCCAUCUUCAUCGUCACUGUCAGCCUCUGUACCACCCCCAUCCCUGAGGAGAAGCUCGCUCGCCUGACAUGGUGGACACGGAGCCAUCCCCACUCUGGGUUGGAGAAGGAGGCCCCGGAGGGCACACCAGGGACUUCAGAGAUGCCAUCUGGGGCAUGCCCUCCAGGAGGCGGAGAGACAGAGAACUCCAGCCAGGACCAGGACCAGCACAGAGCCCGGCGCAGGCGCUGGGGCCGGCUGCUGUGGGACUGGUUCUGCGGGCUGGCCGGGCCCCCAGAGCGGGCGCUGAGCCCCGCGGAGACGGCCGCGCGCCAGCGGGAGCUGACCAGCAUCGCCGAGGAACCGCUCUGGACACGCGUCUGCAACGUCAAUGCCGUCCUGCUGCUGGCCGUCAACGUCUUCCUCUGGGGCUAUUUCGCGUGACUUCGCAGACCCGCAGACCUCCAGCGGACGCAGAGGAAACGGGGCCCAAGCCUGAGGCCUCAGAGACAGGCUUCCCUCGCAUCUUGCCAUGGAAACCGGCGACCACCAGAAGGAGACACCAGACCCCCCCCCCCCCCUCCACCCCAAAACC